GUUUUGCUUGCAGUUUUCUCCCUCUUCUGGCUCCUCCUCUUCUUCCCUCCUCCUCAGGGGGAGGGGAAGAAGGGAGGCUCUUGGGGCAGGAGUAGCCAGAGCAGGGAAUUGUUUGGGAGUUCAGUCAUCUAAAAGCCGUCUCCCGUAUGGAGGGUCUGGCUUCCCGCAUCCCGGCGCCUCUUCCCUCCUCCUCCUCCUUCUCCUCCUCCUCCUCCUCCUCCUCCUCCCGCCGCGCCUGAGCUCAGCGCGGCCCCCCAUCUCCAGCGCCAGCCCGCAGAAAAAGCACAACCACCCCCCCAAACCAAGGGCCCCCUCACUUUCCCCUUCACCCCAAAACAGGCCUUUCCCCCUCUUUCUCUUUUUUUUUCUCUUUUUUUUUUUUCUUUUUUCCCCCCACCCUCUGUGUGCGUGUGUGUAUGUGUGUGUCUCUGUGUGUGUGUCUGUAUCUGUAGUGAAUUCCCCGCAGAUCCGGCCUGGAAGUUCCCAGCUCCUGGACUUAAGCCUCUUUGUUGCUUCCCUUCGUUGGGGCAUCUUUGUGUUUCCCCCCGCCUGCUCCACUGGAGACCGCGGGGGUCUGGGACUGUGCUUCUCCUGCUCUGGAGGCACUGCCUUUCAGUGCACAAGCCGAGAAUAAGCUGUAACAGAUGCUGCCAAGGCCAAGUCCAUGGCUUGUAUUGUGCCCAGGUGCAAGAGGAAGAUGUUCAGGAAUCCUCUGCCACAGAUCCACUGCAUCCCCUGAGGCAGCUUAUGGGACCCUUCCCUGGGCGCCCCAGGUCACACCGCAUGGGAUGGCAAUGACACGUGGAAGAAAGAGGCCCAUGUCCCCCAUCCCUUGCCUCGUGCUUGCAGCUGCCAGCUGUUUUGCCAGACUGAGUGAAUCUCUGCAGGUCACAGUGCAACCCACUUCUAUUGUCCAAAAACUUGGAGGCCCAGUCAGCCUGGGCUGUGUGGUGGACCCCCCCCGAGUGAACCUCACCUGGAGACUGAACGGGAAGGAGCUGGCUGGAUCAGACGAGGUGCUGGGUAUCCAUGUGGAGCGAGGGAAGCUCAUCAUCACAGCUCUCAACAACCGCACCGUGGGCCGAUACCAGUGCAUCGCCCGUGUACCUGAAGGAGUCAUUGCCAGCGUCCCUGCAGUGGUCACCUUGGCUAAUCUCAAAGAUUUCAAAUUCGAUGGCCAGCAUGUGAUUGAGGUGGAUGAAGGGAACACAGCUGUGAUUGCCUGCGACCUGCCCGAAAGUCACCCCAAGGCUCAGGUCCGCUACAGUGUGAAACAGGAAUGGCUGGAGACCUCCCGAGAUAAUUAUCUUAUUAUGCCAUCUGGGAACCUUCAGAUUGUUAAUGCCAGCCAGGAGGAUGAGGGGACUUAUAAAUGUGCUGCCUACAACCCUGUGACACAGGAGGUGAAAACUUCAGUCUCCAGUGAGAGGCUCCGUGUGAGACGCUCCACAGCGGAGGCAGCCCGGAUAAUCUACCCUCCUGAGGCUCAGACCAUCAUUGUCACCAAGGGCCAGAGCCUCAUUCUGGAGUGUGUGGCCAGCGGGAUCCCCCCGCCGCGGGUCACCUGGGCCAAGGAUGGCUCUGGUGUCUCUGCCUACAACAAGACACGCUUCCUGCUCAGCAACCUCUUGAUUGACCCCACGAGCGAGGAGGACUCAGGCACCUACAGUUGCACGGCUGACAAUGGUGUUGGGGAGGCCGGGGCUGCGUUCAUCUUCUACAACGUGCAGGUGUUCGAACCCCCGGAGGUCACCAUGGAGCUGUCCCAGCAGAUCAUUCCUUGGGGCCAGAGUGCCAAGUUCACGUGCAGGGUGCGAGGGAACCCGCAGCCCUCGGUGAUGUGGCUGCGUAACGCGGUGCCGCUGUUGGGUAGCCACCGGCUGCGGCUGUCACGCCGGGCGCUGCGGCUGCUCAGCGUGGGGCCUGAGGACGAGGGCAUCUACCAGUGCAUGGCUGAGAAUGAGGUGGGCAGUGCCCAAGCCAUGGUGCAGCUGAGGACAGCCCGCCCAGGAGCUCCACUCAACCCUGGGCAAGAUGCCCAGCUGUACUCGGCUCAACCUCCAACACCGCCUUCCAGGGACAUUGCCUUAAAGCUACCCUUGGAUAAAGCUGGACUGCCAAAGCCUGGGACAACCCCUCUAUCAGCAUCUCCACAGUGUGCAGCCAACAAGGAACUGGUGACUCCAGCUGAAGCCCCCAUCAUCCUCAGUUCUCCACGGACAUCCAAGACGGACAGCUAUGACCUGGUGUGGCGACCCCGGCCUGACAGCAGAGCCCCCAUCCUCUAUUACAUGGUGAAACAUCGCAAGGUCACCAACACCUCGGAUAACUGGGCCGUGAGGGAUGUCCCAGCCUCGCAGCACCGCCUGACCCUCACCAGGCUGGAGCCUGGGAGCCUCUAUGAGGUGGAGAUGGCUGCUCACAACUGUGCCGGCGAGGGACAGACAGCCAUGGUGACCUUCCGCACCGGCCGGCGCCCAAAACCAGAGAUUGUUGCCAGCAAAGAGCAGCAGAUCCAGAGGGAUGACCCAGGCACGAGCACUCAGAGCAGUAACCAGGCCGACAACAGCCGUCUGUCCCCUCCAGAGGCACCAGACCGUCCAACCAUCUCCAUGGCCUCGGAGACAUCUGUUUACGUGACCUGGAUCCCCCGUGGGAAUGGCGGGUUCCCCAUUCAGUCUUUCCGUGUGGAAUAUAAGAAAUUGAAGAAGUUGGGAGACUGGGUCCUGGCAACCAGUGACAUUCCUCCCUCUCGCCUCUCUGUGGAAAUCCCAGGCCUGGAGAAAGGCACAUCCUAUAAAUUCCGUGUCCGGGCACUGAACAUCCUGGGCGAGAGCGAGCCCAGCGCAGCGUCUCGGCCGUACGUGGUGUCUGGGUACAGCAACCGCGUCUACGAGCGCCCUGUGGCCGGGCCCUACAUCACCUUCACAGACGCCAUCAACGAGACCACCAUCAUGCUCAAGUGGAUGUACAUCCCAGCCAGCAACAACAACACUCCCAUCCACGGGUUUUACAUCUACUACCGCCCCACUGACAGUGACAAUGACAGUGACUACAAGAAGGACGUAGUGGAAGGAGAUCGGUACUGGCACUCCAUCAGCCACCUGCAGCCAGAGACCUCAUAUGACAUUAAGAUGCAGUGCUUCAAUGAAGGAGGUGAAAGCGAGUUCAGCAAUGUGAUGAUCUGUGAAACCAAAGCUCGGAAGUCUCUUGGUCUGCCAAGUCGUCUUCCACCUUCCACAGUGCCCCCCCAGCAGCGUCCCCCACUCAGCGGUGGGCACAGUGGCCUGGGGACAGGAGCCAUGGUGGCUCGUUCCAGUGACUUGCCAUACUUGAUUGUAGGCGUUGUGCUGGGCUCCAUCGUACUCCUCAUCGUGGCUUUCAUCCCCUUUUGCCUUUGGAGAGCUUGGUCCAAGCAGAAGCAAGCCAUUGACAUGAGCUUCCCAGGAGCUGGGCUGCUGGUGUCGUCCUGCCAGUACACCAUGGUGCCUUUGAGAGGCAUCUCUGCUCCUCGUGCCAAUGGACAUCCCUUUGUUAAUGGGCAACCCUAUGCCAGCAGGGCACAUCUGAAUGGCAUCUGCACUUCUGCAGGAGUGGGGUACGCAAGCACCAAGCCCUGUGAUUACAGCCCUGAUGAAAUGCCACAGUCACACGAGGAGACCAAUGCCUUGCUGCAGCCAAGAGUACUGCAGAACGGGAGUGCCCAGCAAGACUACCAGCCCUCUAGAUUGUCCAGCUCCAGAACAGAAGACAGCUCUUUCCUCUACAGUCUCCCAGAUGAUUCCACUCACCAGCUUCUUCAGCCACAAGAUGGCUGUCCUCACCUUCAAGAGCACUUUGUUGGCCUCCAUCAUCCAGUGAUGGGAAGCAAAGUGGGAGGCCCUAGCCUAGAUGCUCGACGGGAUACCCUCUUCCACCAAGGAAGCCCUUGCUGCUUAGGCCUAGUGCCAGUUGAAGAAGUAGAAAGAUUAGAUUGCUGCCAGUCCAGAGGAGAUCUCCAUGCCCAGAAUCCUGUGAUCACAUCUUUGGGUCAGGACCUACCAAGACAUCUGAACAGCAGCCCUCCACCACUGAGACCCUUAGAGACUCAUCCUCCCACCAGCUAGGGACCAAGCUGCCUUUUGCAAAAGACUUAUUC